GGCGUUUGCACUCACUUACUCGUCCCAAACCGUCCCAAUACACUUGUUCUUAGGCAAAGGCUCGAGCCAGAGUUUUUAAUUUUCUCGAGAUCUGAACGCCGAAUCUCAUCUCUCUCAACGACGACGCAGCCAAAUGGAGACUUUCCUAUUCACAUCCGAGUCUGUGAACGAGGGACACCCAGACAAGCUCUGUGACCAGAUCUCUGAUGCAGUUCUCGAUGCCUGCCUUGAACAAGAUCCAGACAGCAAAGUUGCUUGUGAGACAUGCUCCAAGACCAACAUGGUCAUGGUCUUUGGCGAGAUCACCACCAAAGCCAAAGUUGACUACGAGAAGAUCGUCCGUGACACCUGUCGUGCCAUUGGGUUCGUCUCUGAUGAUGUCGGUCUUGAUGCUGACAAUUGCAAAGUCCUUGUCAACAUCGAGCAGCAGAGCCCUGACAUUGCCCAAGGAGUUCACGGUCACUUCACCAAACGUCCAGAAGACAUUGGAGCCGGUGACCAAGGCCACAUGUUUGGGUACGCUACUGAUGAAACCCCUGAGCUGAUGCCUCUGAGCCAUGUUCUCGCGACCAAGCUCGGUGCUCGCCUAACAGAAGUCAGAAAGAACGGUACUUGCGCCUGGCUGAGACCAGACGGCAAAACCCAAGUCACCGUUGAGUACUACAACGACAAGGGAGCCAUGGUUCCAAUCCGUGUCCACACUGUCCUCAUCUCGACACAACACGAUGAAACCGUGACCAACGACGAGAUCGCCCGUGACCUCAAGGAGCAUGUCAUCAAGCCAGUCAUCCCAGAGAAGUACCUAGACGAGAAAACCAUCUUCCACUUGAACCCAUCAGGCCGGUUUGUCAUAGGUGGACCUCACGGAGACGCUGGUCUAACCGGACGUAAGAUCAUCAUUGAUACUUACGGUGGAUGGGGAGCUCACGGAGGUGGUGCUUUCUCAGGCAAAGACCCAACCAAGGUGGACAGAAGCGGAGCCUACAUCGUGAGACAAGCCGCUAAGAGCGUAGUGGCAAACGGAAUGGCUCGUAGGGCUCUUGUUCAGGUCUCAUACGCAAUUGGAGUCCCUGAGCCAUUGUCUGUCUUCGUGGACACUUACGGGACCGGGUUGAUUCCGGACAAAGAGAUACUGAAGAUUGUGAAGGAGAGCUUCGAUUUCAGACCGGGAAUGAUGACGAUUAACCUUGACCUGAAGAGAGGAGGAAAUGGAAGGUUCUUGAAAACGGCGGCGUACGGGCACUUCGGAAGGGACGACCCUGACUUCACCUGGGAAGUCGUCAAGCCACUCAAGUGGGACAAACCUCAGGCUUAGUUCUUACUUCUCUGCCCUUUCUGUUAUUUAUCCAGAAAACCAACAUAGUAAUCUACUUACGUUUGUAUUUUAUUUCUUCUGGUUUUGUUCGGUCUAUUUCUAUUGGGUGUUCGUUUUGAUUGGUGAUCUUUCUUUUAAUAUCGAAUUUUAUACGGAUUGCUGUUUAAUGAGAGUCAAAAAUUAAAGGUUAGAUGGUUUCAUAAAAGUUCAUAAAGUAUUUUGAAAAAAUAAAAUCAGAUGAGGGAAGUUUCACGUA